AUGUACUCCUCUGCCAAUAAUGCAGAGCUCAGCCUCGGUUGGAGCGCGAGGCAGCCGCCCCCGGUAGCGACCCGAGCUCACAGCUACGGCCGCUCUGGUGUAUUCUUCCUCCAGGACCGGGUGUACUGGACGGACCUGGAGGACCAGGCCAUCUACAGCGCCAACCGGCUGACGGGGCAGGACCUGGCCCGGGUCGCAGAGCACCUGGACAACCCCCUGGACCUGGUGAUCUUCCACCAGCAGAGGCAGCCCCCUGCCCCAGACACCUGCAACACGGGAGGCCUCCCCAACGGGGGCUGUGAGUACCUCUGCCUGAAGGCCCCCCAGAUCACCGAUCACUCCCCCAAGUACACCUGCGCCUGUCCCGACGACAUGGAGCUGGGGCCGGACAUGAGGCGCUGCGCAGUAGUAAGGUUGAGGUCAACCACCACCACCGUCGCUUCCACCACCUCCACCGUCGCUACGCCCACCACCACCACCACCACCACCACUCCCCCGAGGACCACCACACCACCACCGCCACCACCACCAUUCCCCCGAGGACCACCACCACCACCACCACCGCCGCCGCCCCGACCACCACCGGCACACCGCCCACCGCUACGCCUCCUAAGACCACUGCUGCCACUUCAACCACACCAAAGCCCCCCGGCAGGCGCUGGUCCACCACAGCCCCCCCCAGGGGCACCAGCGCCGCUCCCAGACCACCCCCCCAGCCACCGCCGCCAUCGGCCGGGACCGGACCCACGGGGGGGGGUCCAGACGGACAGCAACGGCAGUCUGUCCCACAGAGCGGCCAGUGAGCUGGGCCUGCUCGGGAGCCACAUCACCGUGGCCGUGCUGGCCAUCGCCGUUCCUGUCGUGCUCUCGCUGCUGUGCACCAGCGCCUUCCUGCUCUGGAGGAACUGGCGGCGCCGGAACACCAAGAGCAUGAACUUCGACAACCCGGUGUACCGCAAGACGACGGAGGAGGACGACGACGAGGUCCACAUCGGGCGCCACUCGGAGUCCGUGGGCCACGCCUACCCCGCCGUGAGUGGCAGCCGCAGCCAGCCAUUCCACGCCCUGCCCCUGGGGGGCGGGCUCACAGACAGCGACUCCCAUUGGUACUCCGGGGCACCCAUGCACCCCAGCGGCAAAUGA